AUGAAGUCCGCCGUUCUGUCCCUGCUGGCGAUCGCCGCCAGCCAGGUCUUCUCGCACGCGACUUUCCAGCAGAUCUGGAUCGACGGAGUCGACUUCGGCGGGCAAUGCGCCCGUCUGCCGCUCUCCAACUCGCCCGUCCAGGACGUCACCUCCAACGACGUCCGAUGCAACGCCAACGGCGGCCCCGUGGCUCGCAAGUGCGUCAUCAAGGCCGGGUCUACGGUCGUUGUUGAGAUGCACCAGCAACCAAACGAUCGCUCCUGCGCACAGGAAGCCAUCGGCGGCGCCCACUACGGCCCCGUCUUCGCCUAUCUCACCAAGGUCGCCGACGCCACCACCGCCGACGGCUCCACGGGCUGGUUCAAGAUCUACCAGGACGGAUGGUCCCGCAAGGCCGGCAGCAUCAACGGCGACGGCGACAACUGGGGCUCCAAGGACAUGAACGCGUGCUGCGGCAAGGUCAACAUCAAGAUCCCCGCCGACAUCCCCGCGGGCGACUACCUCCUCCGCGCCGAAUCCGUCGCGCUGCACGCCGCGGGCUCGAGCGGCGGCGCCCAGCUGUACAUGACGUGCUUCCAGAUCUCAGUGACGGGCGGUGGCAGUGCGUCCCCGAGCACGGUGUCGUUCCCGGGCGCAUACAAGGCAUCCGACCCCGGUCUGCUCGUCGAUAUCCAUAGGUCCCUAGCGACGUACGUCGUCCCCGGCCCGACCGUCUAUGCCGGCGGCUCAACCAAGAGCGCCGGCGCCGGCUGCGUCGGCUGCGAGUCCACCUGCACCGCCGGCUCCGGGCCGACCGGCACGGCCUCGAGCGUCCCGCAGGCCACCGUCACCGGCGGCCUCCCCGGCUGCGCCGUGGCCAAGUUCGCCCAGUGCGGCGGCGUGGACUACAAGGGCUGCACCACCUGCGCCGCGGGCUCGACGUGCCAAGCCGUCUCCCCUCCGUACUACUACCAGUGUGCUUGA